AUGUCCAAGGAAGCUUUUAAUCAACGCAAAAACAAGUUUUUGUCUGACGGGUUAGAAAAUAUUGCUCGUAGCCUAGCCAGCAUAGCUGAUAAUCUGCUUAAUGUUUCUACAGCAUUGUCGGCACAAAAUGAAGAAGAACUACAGCGAGAAAAUUCUGCUACGAGUCUGCAAGAAUUUAUAAAUGGGCGUGUCAAAGCACUAAAAGAGACCGGUGGAAGCACAAGCAAAGGCAAAAGCUCUCAAGGAGAGAAAAGUAAACUUUCACAAGCUGAGGAAGGCGCUGACAAGCAAGCACCGAAACGUAAGAGGAGAAAUAAAAGAGACGGACCAGCAAAGCCACAAAACGCAUUUCAAUUCUUUUGUAAAAAAGUAUAUCCAGUGUAUAAGCAUGAAUAUCCGGAAGAGAAAUAUCACGGGAUAGUCCGCAUAAUGGGCGAGCAAUGGAGAAAGAUGGAUGAUGACGCAAAAAGGCCAUACAAAGAUGAAUUUGAGGAAGCACUAAGCAAGUGGAAAAGCGAAUUUUCAAACGAUCAAGGUAAGAACGAAGAAGAUCAAGGAGUUGUUAACGGUGAACCAGAUGAUGACGGAAUUGCGGACGAAAAAUCUGUAUCAGGAGACACAAACGCAUCUGACAAAGACUAUAAAGGUUCUAGCAAGAAUGGUAGCGACUUUUCCGAUGAUGAGAAAGGAACACCAAUUAGCAUUACACAAAAGAAAAAUAUAGAAGUUAGUUCAGAUUCCUCAGACGAUGAAUAUGAAGAUGGAAGUCAUGACGAAUUAAUUUCUACAGAGAGAGCAAGAUCUCCACAGUUAUCAAAUAUCUCAUCAACUAAUACAGAUGCGCAAAAACGAAAAGCUUUCAUUGAUAAUAAAGAUACGCUCUCUAAGCGGGUUAAAUCUUCAAGUCUUCAAAAUGAUCCAGUAGCCAUGUCAGAAAAUACCAACAAGGAAUCUAUAUCCACUCCAAAAGGAACAAAGGUGAAUGAUGAUGGUAAGACCGAUAGAAAGCGAUCUAAUUCCGUGGAUGAAAAUGUAAUGGAUGUAGAGAGCGCGUCUGCUAAAUUGAUCAAGAAAAAGAAAAAGUCGAAACAUCCGGCGAAUGGAAAUACAUAA